AUGGGGGCUAUGGAGAAUAAUAAUACCUCAACGGUGUCGUAUGUGGAUUGGGAGGAGGUGGUGGUUUCGAGCGAGAAGGGGCGGCGGGAGGUUCGCUAUUACCUCAAGCGCGGCGGCGGUGGCGGUGGCAGAGAUCUGGUUGUUGUGGGUAAGGAGAAGAUCGCCAGAAACAUGUCUUAUCGUUACAAAAUAAAGAACAACAAGUUGUUGCCUUCGGUCCUGAAUCGAUCUCCAUCGUUGAAGCUGAGGUCGAGGAGGGAGGUCAUGGAUUGGCUCAAUUCAAUUAUUUCAGGCGAACACCCUAAUGGAUCUAUUAGGAGAUGUGGUGGUGAAAUAGGUAGCAAGCUGAAUGAUGAUGUAAAGGUUGCACUGAUGCCAAAGGUUGGUAAGCAUGGGACCGAAUUCACCUGGUUAGGUUCAUCGUGGAUAUGCCGUAAAAGAAGAAGGCACUAUGAGUCAUUUUGUCGCAAUGGUGCAGUAAUUUCUGCUCAAGACUUUGUGUAUGUCUUGGCAGAAGAGAACAAACGCCUCGUUGCCUACUUGGACGAUAUGUAUGAAGACACCAGAGGCAACAGGAUGGUUGUGGUACGAUGGUUUCACAGAAUUGAUGAGGUUGGUUUUGUUUUGUCUCCUAAUGAUAAUGACAGAGAGAUUUUCUUUUCUCUUUGUCUUCAAGAUAUCAGUAUCGAGUGCAUAGAUGGACUGGCCACUGUUCUCAGUCCAGCGCACUAUGACAAGUGUCUUGAUGAGGCCGCACGCAUGGGGCUGUCCCCCUUUGUGUGCUAUAGACAGUUUGACAAUGAAGAGUUGAAGCCUUUUGACGUUACUCGUGUGAAAGGUUAUUGGAAACAGGAGUUAUUGAGGAAAAUGUCUUUAUCCGAUGAUGUUGGAUUUAGACCAAAUAAGAAGGUUCGAUGGUCUAAGGAGUGUGAUGUACAGUUGAAGUCGCCUGACAAUAGUGAGACCAUUGGAGCUAGUUUGUUAGUUUGUGGUGAGAAUUCUGAUAGUUAUAAAGGAGAUGUGAAAAGGCCAAGUGUUAGAGAAGGUCGUGUGUCUUUGUCUGAGAAAAGUAUAGCCAUACCAGUACAGACGAGCCAGUUUUUGACCAUUGGAUCCCAAGUGGAGGUGCUUUCUCAAGACAGUGGCAUCAGGGGAUGCUGGUUUAGGGCUUUGAUCAUCAAGAAACACAAUGAUAAGGUGAAAGUGCAGUACAGAGAUCUCAAGGAUGCAAUUGACGAGUCUAAGAAUUUACAGGAAUGGAUGAUGGGAUAUCGAUUGGCUGCGCCAGAUGCACUUGGAAUUAGGUUGUCUGGAAGGACUAUUGUUAGACCAACCUCACCUUAUGAGAAUGCCGUUUGUGGAGCAAUUGUUGGCAGCGUUGUUGAUGCUUGGUGGAAUGAUGGAUGGUGGGAAGGAAUUGUUGUGAAGCAAGAAUCUGAAGAUAGGCUACACGUAUAUCUUCCAGAGGAAAAGCAGGAGCUCCAGCUAGCACUUGCUGAUUUGAGGCCCUCUAAGGAAUGGCUUGACAAUAGUUGGCACAAUAUUAAGGAAAGACCGGAACUUGUCUCGAAAUUAUCUUUUACGAGCAAAACACCUGAUACCGCCAUUCACAAAAGUGCCGCCUCACCUGAUAAAAUAGAUGUUCCUGCCGCCAUUCCCAAAGCCCCUUCAACGCAAUACAAGAUUAAGUUAAUAAAUAGAGAUGAGAAGAAGGUGACAAAAGAACGUCAGCCUUUCAGAGACCUCACAAAAGAUGAACUCCUUGCCCGGUUACGUUGGAAGUCAUCAGGAAAAAGAAGACGUAGCAGCAGGAGUCCUGUUCACAAAUCCGACUCUGCUAAUGAUAAUUGUAAUCACAACAAUAAUGCGGGAUUUCGGACAUUGGAGAAGCUUUUCGUUAAUUCAUCCACGAGAUUGGACUCGGAAAACUGCAAGUACGUGACCGAUUCUCACUUCACCUCAUCGGUUGUGUCUCCCUUGACAAACUUGGUGAUGUCUAGAUAA